UACACGGCAACGACAUCUCUUUGCCCAGCUUAAAUAAAACACAAUAAUUAAUAAUAAUAAUAGUAAUUAGCUGCCUAAUUAAUCAGCUCAGGUCAGUAAGUAAGAGAUGACGGAGGCGAGGAGGAGCGUGGUGGCGCUGCCGGAGGAGUGCCUCAGCCACGUCAUCUCAUUGACCUGCCCGCGCGACGCGUGCCGCUCGUCCACCGUGUGCGGGGUGUUCCGCGGCGCAGCGGAUUCGGAUCUGACGUGGGACAAGUUCUUGCCGUCGGAUUACAGGGAGAUCAUCUCGAGGUCGGUGUGCCCGCCGGAGUUCGCCUCAAAGAAGGAACUCUUUGACAAGCUCUCGUCCGCCCCGCUACUCAUCGACGGGGGCCACAAGACAUUUUGGGUGGACAAAUAUACAAACAAGAGAUGUUACACGUUGAGUGCAAAGGAGCUUUCAAUCACGUGGGCCACCAAUCCCCUGUGCUGGUGCUGGAAACCCACCCACCACCUGUCCAGAUUCCCUGAGGCGAUCGAGCUCAUAACGGUGUGUAGGCUCGAGAUAAUCGGGAAAUUCAACACAAGUAUACUUUCCCCAAACACGACUUAUGGGGCUUACCUCGUUGUUCAGUUAACAAGCCGUGCUUUUGGGCUGACCACUUCACCCUUUGAAGUCUCGGUCCAAGUUGGGGACUACAAAACGAGCGCGAGGUUUUACUUGAGCCACGACGAGUGCAAGAGGCAGGGAUCUGACGUGCCGCGGGCCCACGGGGAAGAGCGGGCCCUCAUGCCACGUGGCGACGGCUGGUUGGAGAUAGAAUUGGGGGAGUUCUACUGUGGUGGGGCCCAGAAAGAGGUGAAGAUGGAGUUUAAGGAGGUCAAGAGCGAGCACCUCAAGGGAGGGCUUCUUGUGGAGGGCAUUGAGCUAAGGCCAAAGCAUCUCUAAUAAGUAAAUAAUUUCGGAAAAAAUGAAAAUUAUAAAUAAUGUGAAAUUAUCAGUUCUUGCGCCACGUGUAUUAAAAAUGAAUGGCGCAGGUUUGUGUUGGUUAAACUGUCAAAGUUUUGGACUUGAGUGUUACGUGGCAGACUUUUUGAUAGAGGCCCAGCACAUGAACCGAACUCAAAUCAGAACUCAAUCUGAUAAAAUUAAUUACCAAAUGCGUGGAAUUAAGAGGAGUUCGCAUGGGGGGACGACAUAGCUAAUGGGGGGCUCACUUGUGGUCAAAGAAGUCUAUUUAGCAUGAGGAUGUGUGAUUUGGUCUAUGUUGUGCUGGUUAAGGUUUUUGGAUGGGUCUGUUGUCUGAUUUUCUUGUUUUUGUUUUGGUGAUCAGUUUGGCCGGUUUUUAGGCUAAUCGGUUGUGUUCAGUUGGGACAAUGACUUUGUUCUAAUAUUAAAGAUAUUUGCUUAAGAGUUUUUUGUUUUGUUUUGUUUUGUGUUUUUACGUUUUCUUUUUUUCUUCUUUCUCCUUCUCAGUGUUCAUCAUGUUUUUUCUCCACAUAUUAGUUGGCCUCUUUUUUGGCUGGGGAGGUAUUAUUAAAUAAGGGGCUGUAACAGUGCUUUUCUAGCCAUAUUUUAUUUUUAUUGCUUUAAUUUUUAUCUGUUUUGUGAAAAAUUUUAUAGAGUAAUCGGAUAGUUUUCUUAUGAAGCCAUUCAUCACCUCUUUUGUACUGAGUUAUCCCUUUAUUGCUAAGUCAUGAUGCUCGAUUUAUGCUUAUU